CGACCGCGAGGCUGCAGUCGCGGCCGCUGCCUUCACGGCUCAUUGAUUGGCUCAGUCUUCAGUUCCUCCUGAGGAAAUCACUCCUUUUAUAGUUAACGGAGCGCCGAGCGGCUGUUUUCCGGGUUCAAACUCACUCAGCAUGUAGAGGAGGCGGACCGCCGGGAGACACCUGGACCACCGAGGACGCACCGGAGCCCCGACACACGGUAUUGAUCCGCAGAUAUCGAUCAGCUACCAGCGAAGCAUGGGGAACCUGAUCAAAGUGUUAACCAGAGACAUCGACAACAAUGGUGGAAACUUCUUCCUGGACUUUGAGAACGCCCAGCCCUCACAGUCGGAGACGGCGGUGUGGGAGAGGGUGAACCAGGUGCUGACGGAGGCCCGGGUCAUCCUGGACGACCUGCAGGCGUACAGGGGAGCAGGAGAGGAGAUACGACAGGCCAUCCAGAGUCCCGGCGUGGAGGGCGUUCAGGAGAAGGCCUGGUCAGCUGUGGUUCCCCUGGUGGCUAAACUCAAAACCUUCUACGAGUUCUCCCAGAAGCUCGAGUCCAGUCUGCAGUGUCUCCUGGACGUCCUCACCAGCUCUGGUUCGACUCCCACUCAGCAUCUGGAGCAGAAACAGGCUCUGGCUCGUCAGUUCGCCCACAUCCUGCACUUCACGCUGCGUUUCGACGAGCUCAAGAUGACCAACCCCGCCAUCCAGAACGACUUCAGCUACUACCGCCGAACAAUCAGCCGCAUGCGAAUCAACAACCUGUCUGCCGACGCAGGGAAUGAGGUCAACAACGAGCUGGCCAAUCGGAUGUCUCUGUUCUACGCCAGCGCCACGCCGAUGCUGAAGACGUUAAGUGACGCCACGUCGAAGUUCGUCUCAGAUAAUCAGGACGUCCCGAUCGAAAACACGACAGACUGCCUGAGUACGAUGGCCAGCGUGUGUAAAGUGAUGCUGGAAACACCGGAGUAUCGCAGUCGCUUCACCAGUGACGAGACGGUGUUGUUCUGCCUCCGCGUGAUGGUGGGCGUCAUCAUCCUGUACGACCACGUUCACCCGGCCGGAGCCUUCGUUAAGACCUCCAAUAUAGACAUGAAGGGCUGCAUCAGAGUGCUGAAGGAGCAGCCGCCCAGCAGCGUGGAGGGAUUACUCAACGCUCUCAGGUAUACGACCAAACAUCUGAACGAUGAGACUACCUCCAAGCAAAUCAAAAACAUGUUGCAGCCAAACUAACUCGACGCUGGUUUUGUAGUGUUGUGGUCCAAAUUUCAAAAGAACUACUGAACAAACCUUUAGCUAAUAUUUCUUUUGUUUACCUUCAGUGGCUGUUUUUUUUUUUAACUCUCAUGUGAAAAAAACAAAAACCCUGUUUUUAUUGUUGUAAAAAAGAAAAAAAAGGAGAAAAAAAAAGGGAAAAAGAGAGAAUUCUUUAGCUGGUUGAUCCAAGAAUAGAUGGUGCAACAAUCAGCUGCUGUCCUCGAGCUGCAUCACAUCACAUCAGACGUACAACUACUACCAUCUGUUCCAUGGGAAACAAUGUCCAUCACCACCAGUAAUAGAGCUGACUUUUGCUUUGUUGUCCCCGGUUUCUUUUGCUCGCCGUUACAAAUUUCCAGAAUGUGUCACAUACAGAAAACAGCACGGUGAAUUGACUCCAAUCGGUGGUUCAGCUUUAGCCGUUCAUCAAGCCCCCAAGCCCAGUGUGGUUCCGGACCGCUGAACCUCGGCCCGUAGCUGCCGUUUUUUCAGUGAUUCAUGUAGGGUUUCGUGGUCGGGAUCCCCGACGGCUGUUCCCGGCACUUGGAGAAACAGUCGGUCAACCGAUCAAAGCCUCGUAGGUGGAUUUCGGAAGGAGGACGUCACGUGCCAGAGCAAGAAAAAUAGCUACGUCCAUGAAAAAUAAGAGCAGGGACAGAAGCGGCGUAGACAGACGCACUGGCGGUAGGGUAUCCCUGGACAAACAUGCGGGGCCAAGGGAACAGGAGGGCAGCAUCGCCAUCCUCGGCUUCUGCUGCUACUGCGUCAAACUGAGCAUCGCGGACAACUGCAGCUGGGUCUGCUUGAUUUGAAAGAACCUCUUAAGAGGAGCGGUUCUUUUGUCAGCUCCUCUGUACCUCUGACGUGACGUGAAUGCAGCUUUAGUAGUGUUCAAGCAGCACAGACCUGUUAGAUGCCGUUUGGUGGAGUGUGUUGUUUGCUUGACGGCCUGACAGAUCAUCACUCCAGCCCCUUUUCCACCACAAGAACCUUUUUCAAGAACCCAAGAACUUUUCCAGGAAACUUGUUCUGAUUUAAUUCCUUGGCUGCAGUUCCUACCUCAGAAAAAGUCUCUGUGGCCGAGGUACUUUUCAGUUGACUGUGAACUGAUGGAGCAGCGUUUUACAGGCCUGAACAUCACUCUUUGAUCAAACACAAGCUCAGCAGGAUUCUUAAAGGAAAACAGCAGUUUAUUACGACUUGGGUUUUAUUUUUCCUCCUCUAGUCAUCGAUUUCUGUCGGUGACGGACCAUUUUACCCACCAAAGGAACUGCUGAGGUCAUGAAAUGCGGACCCAUCAUUAAGAAUAGAUCCAACAGGGCAAUGGAGGUUUGUUUCCAAACUGUCUGAUGGCUCGUGCCGGAAUUACAAAAAAAUAAAAAAAUAAAAAUACAACAAAAACCCAAGCUCUAAUACACAAUAGUUUUUCCGAAUCCUAAAUGUCACUUUGUAAUUUGGCCUGCAGAACAGCAGUAGGAAAGCAAAUGUACUCAGACCUUUUGCAGUUGUCAAAUGUUGUAAAUCCUGAACUCUGCAGCCGUCCACGUAAUAAGCUGGAGUUUUGCUUCUGUAAAGACCAGUGGAUGACAAAAGUAGUCGGGGUAACCGGACGUAGGCGCGGCGAGCGCACAUCAAACAAGCUGAGCGAUCAAACUUUCAAAAAAUGUAAAUGUUCUACAAAGGUGUGCCUCCAGCCCUGCAGCCUGCGGAAACAUUGUUUUAGCCUUUAUAGAUGAGCCGGUGGUUCAACUGAGAGAAAUUAGAGACUUUUUGAAUGUGUGACAUUUUUUUUAAUUUUAUUUCUUUUUUAAUUUCAUGCUUUGGCUGUAUGUCUUCCUGGAUCUUAGAGCAUCAUGUGACCUGCAGUUCAUACAGUGCUCACUUCUCAAAAAUCACUCGCAGCCUAAAGCGGUUCCUGGGUGUUUGAUUGUAGUUUCUUCGGUUUCUGGAUUCUUUGGUGGAAAAGGGUCAAAGUGCUCAGUAGACAGUUUGUUUAAAUUAAAAACAGCUCGUUCAGAAGAUUAGCCGUAGUUGUCACUAACAUCCGGUAAAACUUUGCCUUGACCGUAAAUUCAAACAAGGACAUUUCAGAUUGCAUCUUCAUUUCAUGAUUUUUUUUUUUUGAAAGCACUUGAGUUUCCACAGCCGAAAAGUUUACUGAAGGUCGGAUAUCCGGCAAAAAACUGGUGGUAUGAUCUGAAACAUGGCCAGCGGGAAAGGUAAAUAUCUAAAAACAGUGAUAGCACUGUAAUAAAAUGGCUGAUGAGAACCGUGGGGAAUUAGCUAAUAGAAGGAGAACCACUGCGACGAGGAAGAUGCGGUACUGAAACGAGGGAAACCUCAGACUGAUGUGGACUUGAUGUCUGGACUGAUGUGAUCAGUGGGACUGUUGACUGGAAACUUUUACAAACUUUUUAUUUUGCCUUGUAUGUUAACGCUGCAGUGCCAGGGAUUGCAUGGCAUUAAUUGUUCUUAAUUGAUAAAUGUG